UAUACAUGAUAGCCACCUUUAUUUAUCGCAUUCUUUCUGUUUUUGAUAAGUUAAAUACAAUUAUAUUAAAAAACUUUCUGUUUUAAUAAUUUUAUAUUAUAUAUAUUUUAAUUGAUAGAUUUCUGAAAAUUUCUUUCUUUUAACGAAUAUUUCUACCAAAAAUCCCCCUAUCUAAUAUCCAGACCUCACCACUGGUUGCGCGCAUACAUAUUUAUAUACUAAUGUAAAGUCAAUUUAUUAUUAAAGUGCUUUUACUUUUAAUAAUAGAAUUAUUCUAAAAGUAAUCUCACAACAUAACGGUACGCUUUUUAAAAACAUUAUAUUAAGAAAUAAUCUCACAACAUAGCAAUAUACUUUUUGAAACCAUCAUGAUUAAAAAUAAUCUCAUAGCAUAACAAUACACUUUUUGAAAUCAUCGUGAUUAAGGAAAAGUCUAUCAGUGAUGGAUCAAUCAAUACUAAAAUUCCUGUUUUUAUUUGCUUUAAAUAAAAAUGAUGUCGAGUUAUAUAUUACAAGAUUACCAUGUAUUUUCUAUGCAAGUUUUACAUUGACACCAAAUAAAUAUAUCGAAGGAAACAUUACUGCAACCUUUAUUGUCAGUAGCAUUAAUGAUUGUGGCACUUAUUGUGUUAGAAGUCCUACAUGCGAGUUCGCUAAUUUUAAUGCCAAUGAAAAGAUAUGUCAGAUAAUAUCUUCAAGUGGAAACCUAACCAAAAGUAUAACUAAUCAGCAAUGGCAAGUUUUGUUGACUGAUAGAAGCAGUAACGAAAACGUAGGGCCAAUAUGUGAAAAUAAUACACCUUGCAACAAUAUGUAUUGUCGAGAUACAUGCCUGGCAUUGAAUGGAGAGUUAGUCCACAGUUACUUUUGCUCUGACGAAAAUAAAGUUUCAAAGUACGCUAUUCCUUCUGAUUCAACGUCGUUUAGUAUUCAUGUUCCUCAAAAUCUUAUUGAUUCCGAUUAUGCAACUAUUUGUGAUGCUUUCUCUAAUGAUGGCACUGAGGCUUGGAUAAAAUUAGAUUUAAAGAAAAUAUUCCAAAUAACCUAUGUUGUAAUUUAUGCAGAUGAUCGAACUAAUGACACUCUCAGUCGACUUUCUGGUUGCAAAGUUCAAUCCAGCAUCAACGAUACGGAAUAUCAAACAUUUGCAAUCUUAAAAGGUUUGGCAAUAGAACAAUUUUCAUGGAAUGGUUGUUUGCAAUACUUUCGAAUAAUUCAAAGGUUUACACAUGCAGGAUUAAGCUUUAGAGAGAUAAAUAUUUGGUCAUAAUUUGUAAUACUUUAGACAGAUAAAUAUUUAGUAAUAGUUUAUGAUAUUUUCCACGGUUAUUUGCUACGCAGUUUACCAUACCAUAACUUAUGAAGUUUACCAGAUUAUAACUUAGAUACAUCUUAACUGUAUCAAAGUUAUAUUAUGGUAAACCGUAAUUACGCAGCUGAACUAUUUUUUAUAAU